AUGUCGUACAACAAUACUUACUACAACGACAGCUCUGGCACUCAGGAUCCCAAUGCCGAGUGCAAGGUCCGGUGCAGUACGACGCCACUGGUCAGCCUCUUUAGAGCGCCGAUCAGCAGUACUCCCCCAACGCCGGAGCCUCGCACCCAGCCGAGGCCGGCCAUGAAGACCACCUAUGGCCUACUUACCGUGGCCAUUUUCACGAGAAUGCCCUCGAGUCCCUCGAGGGCCUGCGUCCGCGCCGUGACAGGAGGUACCACUGCCAAGACACCCAGACCGGAUCCGGCGACUGCACUGAGUCGUGCGAAAACAGAUCGCUUCUCAAGUAUGCACCAAGGAGGCAGCUCUUUCAAAAAAGAAGAAAUCUCCUCUAACCCCUCCCUGCACCUCAGGGUCCACGUCAAGCCCGUCGUCUGCCCGUUCAUGUUCAGCCCCAUCACGCCUCAGUGCGACCGCAGGACGGCGGGGCAGGGCGACAUGAAGCGGCACGUCCUUGCCCACCACCGCGCCUGGGCCGAAAGGAAGGGACUGGUGGAUGGGGAGCACGUGUGCCCGCAUUGUGGUGACGAUUUCACGCGGAGCGACAACUUGACUAGGCACAUUCGGAAUACGCACCGGUAG